UGGAGAAAUAUCUGUUUUCGAUUAGCCGCUCUGUUGUUUGUAUUGAUACGGAAGCUCAAUGGCUCAAGAUGGCUAUCAAUGACUUGGGGUUUACUUUAAUCCUGUUUGCUCUAAAAAAAAAAAAAGUAGUAGACCGAUUUAGCUAGUGGUUUAACUUACACCUGACAUACGGGGUUUUUCAGCACGCAGUAACAGGACGUGGCACUUUAGCGUCGCGUGGUUUGCAGGUGAUUAACAGCAAGUGUUAGUUUACAGUCGCACGGAUGGAGUCGCAAUGCGAGUAUUUCAUAUAUUUCCCCGCCGCUCCGAUAUCGAGUCCGUCAGACCUGGCGGACUACGCGACUCUUCCGCGGCGAAACCACGCGUACCUCGGGGAGGUCGUCCAGUUCCUGCUGGUGCUGAGGUCCCGGACCCCUGCGGGGAGGAAGGGUGACAGCGCGCGUGCCGCGGCUUGGCGGCAGCUGGCGGGCUCCCUGUCGGCUCUGGCGAGCGCCUGCGUGGCCGAGAGCCGCGAACGCAGAGCCGGCGAAGGGUACGAGGCGGACCUGCUGAGCACCAGCAGCGAGGAGGACGGGGGCGAAGAGCCCGGGGAAAGAGAGCCUGGAGGAGAGGGGCGGGGGAGCAGCCGGACCUUCACCCGGUGCAGCCCGCACCUCACUCAUAACGGCUGGGCCGCCGGAGGGAGACGGUGUGCGAGGGAACCGGUGAAGUCUGCUCUGGUUCUGGAGGACGAGGUUAUCUUCAGUCUCACAGUUUCUUUGGACAAGCUGCCAGUCACCUCACUAAAAGCAAAGGUCAUAGUGACUGUAUGGAGGCAGGAGGAGGAGGAGAAGGUGCAGGUGAGGGAACACGGCUACCUGACUCUUCUGCAGCUCCGCAGUCCAAUGCACACCUUCAGGCAGGACCUCAGCGACUUCAGGGCGCAGGUCAGCACCAUCCUGAAUAUUCUUCCACCUCCGAGUGUCCAAUGUAAACACAUUUCUGUCUCUGGGAAACACCUGACUGUCCUCAAAGUGUUGAACUGCAGCUCUCAGGAAGAACUGUGCGUUAGCGACGUGAAGAUACUUCCUAACUAUAACUCGUCCUACCUCCCCAUGAUGCCAGACGGCUCAGUCCUCGUAGUCGACAACGUCUGCCACCGAUCGGCUGAGGUCACCGUGGCGUCAUUCUACCGGAUGGACGGCGAGUCGUCACGCUUACCCAGCACGCUCAGCGCCCUGGAGGAGCACAACUUCCUUUUCCAGCUGCAACUGCAAGACAAAGCGAAAGAGGACUCCAGCGAGGGUUUGGAAGUCCAGAUGGUGGCUGUGUUACAGUGGUUCACUCCAACACUGCCUUUGACAAGGUUCGUCUCCAGUUGUUACUCGCUGCCCAGUAUCCGCUUGGAUCGUCCUCUGCUGGUGAUGACGGCUUCCUGUCCCCGCACGGUCAGGCCUUUGGAGCACUUCUGGGUGAAAUACACCCUGCUUAACAACUUGGAGGACUUCCUGUCCAUUCGCCUGAUCUGGAAUUCAGACGCUGAUAGAGGAGGCCAGCGGGACCACAGGGCCCACACAGCAGUGGUGUGCCACUCUCCCCUCAACAACCUGGGACAGUGUAGGAAGGGCUCCACCCUCUCCUUCGUCGUGGCCUUCCAGAUCCUGCGGGCUGGACUCUUUGAGUUGAGCCAGCACAUGAAACUGAAGCUCCAGUUCACGGCCUUGGUGUCCACUCCACCCACGGAGCCUCCGUCUCAGAGGAGGCACUCUCCGUCGUCACCAUUGUCAUCCGGCCUCGCAACCAGAGAGCUACUGGAGAAGCACGGCCCGGGCCGAUCUCAGAGCUUCUCCCACCAGCCGGCGUCUAGGACAAACCACGUCAGGUCGGGCAGCGUGAUGGUGCAUCGGGCCGCCGCCCCUCCCGUAGGGCCUCUAAUUGGCAGAGUCCUGCCCCCGCCACCCGACCACGCCCUCAUCCCAAUGGACAAAAUAGCCAAGAGAGAGUGCAAGGUGUUGGUGCUGCAACCAAUCAAAGAGGCUCACGGCAGAUGACCUGGAGAGGAAGGUUUUGACUGAAGAUGCAGUGUUUGGCUCCUCCCAUCAGCCCCCAAGGGGACGAUCCUCUGCCCGGAGAUGACAAGACGGGAGAUGGAUUGAUGGACGAAAGAGCAGAGCUCCUUGGUGAUUGGUGAUGGAGCAAUGCUGCCCACAAUUAUUCCUUAUUUCAUUGGUUCAUAUUAGCAAUUCUUCUUUUUACACUGCCUUUUAUCCCAGAUUUCAUUUUUACUCAGUUGGUUAUUUUCAUUUCCUUCUUAUGCCUGUGUGAUUUUAUUUAUGUAUAGUUAAUAUUAUAUUUAAAAGGUUUAUGUAGGAUAUAAUUAGGAGAGCUCAGAUCUCACCGUUGGGGCCAGGCCUGGAAGCACGGAUAAGUCUGGGUGGGUUUAGCAGUUUGUGUCUCCUUUUGAUAAAGUAAAUGUCCAACAUUUCAAACCAUCAAUGAGAUUCAUUUGAAAACAAGAAAGUGAGUACAAUAGCUCAGCAAACUUGGUUAGCAAUGUGCAAUUCUAAUUUACUUUAACUGUGAUAUUCAUAGUGAUACUAAUUUAGGCUCGAGAAAAACAUGCUAAUACGCAAAUGUAAUAAUUAACAACCAGCUCCCUUGGGUGUCUGUAGGGCCGAGCGCUGAACAUCGCCAUGGUAGCAAGCAGUUAAUCCUGAGGUAGCCCCCCCCGCCCUAAAGCUUUAUCGCUGGACUCUAAAUGGAACAUCAACCCGUGACUGUGAUCACGCCAUUGUUGGUCAGCAUUUACAACAACAACAACAACAACCACCGCUACAGCUGUUCAAUAAACACGAUGCUGCAUGUCACUUAGAAAGAGCCCGGCUUCUCGUUUCCCGCUUGCUGCCAGUGUUAGCUAAGCUAAAAUAAGCUAUAAAAGAACUAUUUGUGUGCGUUAGUUAUUACAAUAACUAUGAAUAGUUCAAAGGUUUAAAAAAAGGAUACAAUGCGAAUGAGCGCAACCCAGCACCAUUCUGUAGUGUUUACACUGGGUAUUUUGUACUCUGUUUUUAGUUGAUGUUCAGGUUUUAAAUGGAUGUUUUUGUCUUUGUUUGAGCCCCACGGAUGCACUCCAUGGUCCAACAACCCACAAUUAAAGACUGAACAAAGCGGCGUAUCAAGUGAAUAUUGUGAGCGGUGUAAACCGGGUUCAUCCACUAUGAGGGCUUGUUAUUGGCUUAAUGCUGCUUAGUUUCACGUCUUGUGUUUACAUUAAGCAAAUGAUUCAUUCCUUAGGUUAAUUUAUAGAAUAAAACUUUAUUUAUCUGAUCAUUUUUAUUUUAUUAUCUGUUCGUAGAGUUAAAGCUCAAUGACUGGAAACAAAGUAAAUUUACAUACGAUUAGAAGCUUGAAUUGUUUGACUGACUUGUAUUUGUCAUGGACCAAAAGUGUCUGUGAGGGAACUUUGAGACGCUGGUGACACUGGACAAUAAAUGUCAUAGGAUCUUCUAAUACAUUUGAUCCAAAUCCUCAGGAAGAAAAUUUGAUAUAGAGGAAUUCCGGGUCACGUGACACCUCGUGGACCACUUUUUAUUUUUCCUUUUUCUUCCAUUGCGCAAGAGAGCUCUGUAACUCUGUUUAGGGGGAAUGUCCUUAUGGUGCCAUCCCAGUAUCAAAGCGACUCCCCAUUACAGACAUAAUAUUGAGCCCUGUUUACUUAUUGAAAUCUUGAAUUUUAGCUUAUAGAGUGUGGGUAAAUGUGUGGAUUUGUACACCAGUGAGCCUUAUUUUUGUUUGUUUUUUUACACUGGAGUUGUAAUAUCAGAAUGAGCCGAACACAGCGGCAGCCGUUCUUGUCCUGAAUGUGCCUUCUAUUGGGUUCCUCGGUGUGGAACCUCCUCUCAGGGGCCACACAGUGUGUCGUGAAGCUCACUGUUGUGUAACUGGUUUUCUGCCCACUUAAAGUUAAAUAAAUGACUACUAGGUGAUGUGUUGUUCUGCUUACUAUGAACUAGUCUGUUGUCCCGCUGUUGUAGCUGAUUCAAGGUAGUUUUCAUGAUACUUGAUGCGUUUCAGUGUAUUACUGAACUUUUUCAGCAUUUGUUCCAAAAGCAGUAGAGAGCGUCCAUUCAGUGAAUCAGUGUUGGAAGUAUGUAUUUAAAUACUUUUGUAUUUUCUGCUAUAGUUAUGCUUUUACUCCAUUAAUAUUGUGCUUUUUACUGAACUACAUUUAUUAGACAAAUUCUGUCCAUUUGCAGUUUCAUAAUAUUGAAAUGACAAAUACAUCGACGGGGGGGGGGGAUUCACCCCUGAUUCACCCUCUAUGGCUCACAGAACCUUUUACCGGCUCUUCACCUCUUGUGCCAUAGUGGCAUUUUUGUUUCUUUUAUUUUCUAAGUCUUGAUUAUUUUGGCUGUGUUAAUGUAUAUGGCAGACAUUCUGAUUCUAUUCUUGCAUUUAGUUUUAAUAAAAACAUUGGUAU